AUGGAUGAUAAAGAAGUCCCAAAUCAUUCAUUCACAGCACCAGCUAGCCUUGAUUCCUCUUCUUCUGUAGAAGCUUCAACAAAUCUCGAGGAAAAUGAUGGUCAACAGCAACAGCAAGAACCAACCAACAAGAAUGAACAAACUCCGAACAUUGAUACCGUUGAUGAUGAGAAAAUCUCAACCACUCCAAUUCUCCCAUCAAAUAACAACAACAAUAGUAUCAUUGAAAAUGUAAAUCCUUCCACUGCUACACCAAUACCCUCAAGAACAUCUCCAUCCGAGUCUUCUCAAAUUCCGCGACCUCUCUCUACAGGAUCCAUUUCAAAAUCACCUCAUGGUCUUUAUAUCCGAACCACAGCUUCCCAUGCUCACUCAUCCUAUGAUUUAUUUGCUACAUCAUCCAACAAUAACAACAACACAAAUGAUAUUGCCAUUAGUUUUGUACUAGCAAACAAUAGUGGACUAUCACCCACUCUUCAGCAAACUUCAUCAUCACGUAUUUCUCCAUCAUUGGCAACCAGUAGUAGCACGGAUGAGGAUUUUUCAUUUAGUCCGCAAUUUAUUGCCGGAAAAAGAUCGAAACUUGGAAUGAAUCCGGCUGCUUGUGAUCAUACAAAUUGCAAUCAUAAGGGUUCCAAUCAAAAGGGAAGCAAAUCCUUAUUGAACAAUAUUUGGUUAAGAUUGAAAAGAAUACCCAAGUCCUUUGCUAAAGCAUUUAGAGAGGAGGACAAAUCUUCUUCUCCAAACUCGCCCUUCUUUGGAGAUGAAUACCGUCACACAACUCGAGGAAAGGGAAAAAAACAAGCAUCCUUAAUUUUGAAAGACAUGACAAACCGUGUUAUGUUAUUUGCCUCUUUAUUUGCCAAAUGGAUACAUACUGUUGUAUUGGUUACAGUAGCUUUUUUGUGGAAAAUUGGAUUAUCUUUAUCAAGUGGAGAGUACAAAACCAUGUUUUCUCAGAGGGCAUUAAUGGAACAAUUUUCUUCAAAAAACAUAUCACACUGGAUACAGCGUAUCAAAAAUUUGCAUCCAGAUGCUGAAUGGUUUGUUGGAUAUGUACAGCAAUUUUUACUAUUUUUUGUGCAGCCUCUUUCUCUCUCAUCAGCAAGAAAUUACAAGCUUACCACGCAUCAACAUGCACAGCUUAAAGCACACUUCUUUGCUUGUAUACUCAUUUUAGGAUUUGGAUUUCUUGAAGUAAUGGUUGGACUCUUCCACUAUGGAAAUACUCAUUAUCAUGAAUCAAGCGCUACUGGAGGCGAGGAGGAAAUUUAUGUCACCAGCAUUAGAAAUCAUGAAUUUCUAGUUGGAUUACUUAUAUUAUUUUCUGGGUUCUAUUUAUUACAUAGAGGAUUCAUGUUUUUGAUUGACCUGAUUGUCAUAUUUAUGAAAACUACACAGGAGCAAACAUCGCCACAUGGUGUAUGCAUUUCGAAAAGUACUCUCGAAGCUAAAUCCAACAUGAAUCAACAAUCUUUCACUCCAUCAAAGACUACUGUACUACCUAUUGACUCUCCAUUAGAGUCUUCAUCCUUAUUGACUGAACAAUUAAUGAAUAAUGAAGAGUCUUCAUCUUCAUUCUCUUCUACAUCUCGUCUCGUUGAGGAGGGAAAAACUAAACUUGAACCAUUAUUUGCGCCAUACACAUUUUCAUUAUGGAAACGGUUGCGUGUGCUGCUACGAUUUGCCAAUGGCAUGUAUGCCACAUUCCUUUCUCUCAGUAUUUUGUCAGAAAUGGUACAAUAUGUUUUAACCACAAAAUUCGCGUCAGUUGAAUCCACACCUCACAAGCAACAACAACAACCAAAACAAUUGCAGGAUAUGAGUAUAGGAUUGUUCACGCACAUGAUUGUAAUUUUUGGUUUAUUGGUCAAUGGUCUUUCAAUUUAUCUCUUUGCAAAUUAUUCAAAUGAUGGUGUUUCUGCAACACUUCAAAAGAAGAAACAUGAAGAGUCAGAUCAAAGUGAAUCUACAGGAUUCUCAUCAUUUCUGCAAUCUCCUCCAUCAGAUAUGAGAAAAGGGUCGGCUAAUUUAAGAGCAUCAAGCCGUUACAGCAACUCUGCGAAUGCUAUGUGGUACAAUACUUCUCCAUGGUUCCAACAACAAUUCUCGUCCUUCCAUGCUGCUCUAAAUUCAGCGCACUCCUCACCUCUUUACAAAUAUUACAAUUCUCUCAUCACCAUGAUUCGUAUGAAAAUUCCACAUGCCAGAUUUUGGAUUUAUAGAAAUAUGAGGGAAGCUCAUAUUCAUGCUGUUUUGUUUUUGUAUAUGAGAGCCAUUUAUUAUUCCACAGGUGGUCUUUUGUUCGAUUUUAUUUUGUGCUGUAUGAGUACCAUGACAACUAUUUAUUUUGUCAUUCCAGUUCUAAAAGCCAAUGGAAAAGUAUUACUUCAGACGACACCAGAAAAUUUGUGUACUCAUUUGAACGCAUGUGUGAAGGAAGUUUCAACUACUGUGGAUGGAGUUUUAGAAUGCCACAGUGAACAUUUUUGGGCUCUCAAUAGUGCCUCAUUAGAUGAAGCAGACGAAGAAGAAAUCUUACAAGUUGAUCCUGAAAAGAGAAAGCAAGAAUUGAUUGCAACCAUUAAGGUACGAAUAGCAAAUGAUGUUCAAGUCGAUCAUCAGCGAGUGUUGCAAGCAGUCAGAAAAAUAUUUUGUUCGAAUGGUUUAAUUAAGGAACAUAAUUUGACAGUGCAGGUUGAGAAGAACACGAUUCUGGGUUUAGAAAAGAUUCAUGACUUGACACCAAUGAUGCCCUUGGUAGAUGCUAAUAUGUGA